GUUGCGGCUGAGCUGGCAGCGCCCCUCAGUAAGACUGAUGAGAUCAUCAUUCUCCCUGGCGCAAAUAGUCAAAGCACUACUACUGAGCUGACCAAGAUGAUCAGCAUGCUACCUCCAAGUGUCAGAGCUGUCAGUGGGGUGGACCUGUCCCAGGCACUCCAUAGGAUGGCCACAGGACCCCCAGGGCCUACCUCGGCCUAG